GACUCAACCUCAUUCGUUGUCAUUCGUUGGUCUCUCUACAACAAGUUCACAAUCGUCUCACUUCUUGUUGGUUAGCGGUGACCAGAUUUAUUGUACAACUAGGACUGAUAAUUUUUAAACACAAGUACAUUUAUACUGCUAGUUAAUUUUGAAUUUGAAUUUCUAUAACGUAAAUUUAUUACUUUUCACAACGAGUUUUAAUUUAAAUUCAAGAAGUUAUCAGCUAAAAGAAAAAAAAUAAUAAAAAUAAUAAACGAGCUGAACCAAACCUAAAUUAAUUGAAUGCGCUCACUUUUAUAAGUAAUUUUUACUCUGUGUUGAAGUUUUUAUUCACAGUCACCAUUUUUAUUACCGAUUCGUGUGAGACCUAUUACGUACAAAAACAUGGUAAGCAACAUGCAAUUACGAACUGCGCAGCAGAAUAUUCAAAGGCUGAACGUAGAGGAUGCAGUCUUGUAUUUGAAUAAAGUUAGAUGUACAUUCAGUAACCAACCCCAGGUCUACGCUGACUUUCUAAAUAUUAUGAAAGACUUAAAAUCCCGGAGAAUAGCUAUAUCAACUGUUGUUUCAAGGGUCAGUAAUUUAUUUGAAGGGCACCCGGAACUAAUUGUUGGAUUUAAUACAUAUUUACCACCGGGUUAUAAGAUUGAGGUUCACUCAAAUGAGCAAGGGCUUCCUUUUCAAGUUUAUGUGACUACCCCGAGUUCAACGCCAACACAGACUUCCAUCGUAUCACAAAACUGUACUGUUAAUUUCGGUCCACCACCUGUUGCAAAUCCACCAAGUCAGCUUACGAAUCCACCAAGUCGGCCUACAAAUCCACCAAGUCAGCACACAAAUCCAUCAAGUCAGCCUAUAAACCUAUCAAGUCGGCCUAUAAAUCCAUCAAGUCAGCCUACAAAUCCACCAAGUCAGCCUACAAAUGUACCAUCGUUUAUUGACAUACUGCAAGGAUUAACAAACCGAUAUCACACCUUAGUGAAUAAUGUUUCAAAUAAUAGUUCUCAUAUAACCGCAGCAGUGAGUCAAGCGCAGAACGGAGUUGUUCAGAACAGCAACAGCGGACAGACCCAGCAGAAUCGACCGAUCGAUUUUAAUCAUGCCAUCAACUUCGUCAAUAAGAUUAGAAAUCGAUUUCACAAUCAGCCAUAUAAGUACACAGGCUUUCUGGAGAUCUUACAUACAUAUCAAAGAGGAAGAGAUAACCUGAUGUAUGGAAAUCAUACUGCUGCUGGACGUUGUAGUGGCGGUGGUGGAGUCGGUCCUGCUGGUGACCAUCUCACCGUAGCCGAGGUAUACAGUAAAGUUGCUGAUCUCUUUGAAAAUCAGGAAGAUCUUCUUGCUGAGUUUAGAGGAUUUUUACCGAGUCCUAUCGAACAGUCUUCGCUGGGAAACCAAGCAGCAGCGGUUAACAGCAACAAUGCCGGCAAUAUACCAAGAGAUCAUCGGUAUCCAGGACCUGAACGUAAUGGUACUGGAAUCAGGGAUAUGAAUAGUAGUCAGAAUAUUGGUCAGCCAAGGAGAAGUCUGUCCUUGCACCCGUCCGUCUUAGCAGACCAUUAUCAUCACGCGUUUCAUGGACCAUCUCCAUUACAUACCGCAAUAAUUCGUGAAAUGAUUGAAAUAAUUCAUCUUUUGGCGCAUUUAUAAAUAUUUUUUUCGUACCUGCCAUACACAAAACGCAUUCUACCUCAACUUUUAAAAUUUCAUUGGUAACAACUCUGUAAUUUUUUCAGAGGAUUAAAAUAGAAAUAAAGAAACUACCUUUCCAAGCAAGUUGAUUUUUUUAUUAAGAAACUUUGAUGAUAAUAUUGCUGUUACAACUAUGCUAAGUGCUCCUCAAGAUGUUACUUACAGAAGCUGGUGCAAAUGCAGAAGACACGGACUUAGCAGCUUCGCCAAUACUCACUUAAAAUAAAUAUAUACAUUAUUUAUUUAUUUAAAGUUUUAAAUUGACAGAGAAAAUUAAAAAAAUAUUCGAAUAUUUACUUGUGAAAAGACUAGACCACCAUGUAAAUUGACGUAAAUGACCAAGUCCUUCACCAGCACGUACUCCAUAUUUUUUUGAUCCCCACAAAGCUUUUUUUUUUAAUUACAAAACGUAAACAUUUUAGUCCCACUUGCAGUCGGCUUUCUGGAUCAACCAAACUCGCAGCUCACGUCGUAUUUGACAGAAUCAUGGAGCAUGAGAAUUAUUAUUAUCUUUAUUUAAAAUCAGACUAAAAGCAAAAUGAAUAAUUGUCAACACAAGAUUAAAUUUAUCAGUAAUUAAAUUAAAAUAAUAACCUGAAGCAAAUGUAAAUAAGAUUAUCAGUAAGUCGUUGAUUUAAUUCACAUUUAGAAGCUUCAGAAAUAAGUAGCAAUGCUUUAGCACCAACUUCAUCACCAGAUAUAUUUAUCAAAGCACGUGCUGCAUCUUUAGCAACAGCCAGUCUCUGAGAAUCAACUUGGCAAAGUAAAAUAAACUGUCUUAAAAUUUCUGGACAGCUCAGCAACAUUUCUCUACACUUGCUCGUGUUUGUAAGACCUGUAAUUAUAUUUAAUUAAUAACCAUGGACUUGAAAAUAAAAAACCAGUACUUUGAUUAAUUACAAUAAUAAUAAUAAUAGAACAUACCAAGAAUAUUUUCAACAGCAACAGCUUGGAGAUCAAGCCGAGUGUCUAAAUUUAAAAAUUGCGAUAUUUCUUUCAAUGACUCCAUGUUCCAAUAUCAAUAUAAAUAUAAAUAAUCUUGAUCCAAUGGAUUUAUUUAUUGCAUUUAUAAAAAAAAAUGUGGGUUUCUUGAAAGUUUUUUACUGCUCAUGAGACCGCGUGUAACGACAACCAGCCAAUGAAAUUCAAUUUUUCCCGUUAGAACAUCCGGAGUCCGGCUUCACCGAUUGGUCAACUUGUGGCCCAGGUGCGUGCAACCACCAGAGCAGUGCCCCGGACUUAAAUAGCACGAGCACUUGGACGAGUCCAUUUUUUCUAGGUGUGUCACGUAUACCCAAACU